UAAAAAAUGAUGUAAUUAACAGAUAAACCCAUAAAAUCUCAGGAGGACAAUGAGUGAAUCACCAACUCUUUGGAGAUCUUUAGACAAUGUUCCUCGAGUUUUUAGUCUGGUUUCUUCUCCUUGGACUGAGAUCUGCAGCUUCACAACAAGAUGUUGGUUUCACCUACAAUGGAUUCCGAGGAGUUAACAUGAGCUUGGACGGCUUAGCACAGAUUACAAACAAUGGCCUCCUUAUUUUGGUGAACACCAGUCUUCAACAGGUGGGUCAUGCUUUCUACCCUCAUCCAGUUCAUUUCAGGAAUUCAUCUACUGGUGAUGCUUUAUCCUUCUCCACUACUUUUGUAUUUGCCUUAUGGAAAUCAACAAGAUUUGGUGGCCCUGCAAUGGGGUUUGUGAUUGCACCUUCAAAAGAAUUCCCAGGUGCUUUACCAGCUAAUUAUAUGGGCAUCUUCAACACAACCACCAUCGGCAAAUCAUCCAGCCAUAUCAUUGCAAUUGAGCUCGAUGUCCUCCAAAACAGAGAGUUCAAUGAUAUUGAUUCGAACCAUGUCGGUAUCGAUAUCAAUGACUUGAAAUCUGUUCAAUCUGCAUCUGCUUCUUACUUCAGUGAUCAAGAGAAUCGGCGUGUGAACAUAAGCCUCAACAGUGGACAACCCUUGCAACUCUGGGUGGAAUACUCUGGUGCAGAGAAGCAACUUAAUGUCACUUUAGCUCCUAUUAAUGUCCCUAAACCAACCAUCCCACUCUUGUCCUGGAAAAUUGAUCUUUCUCAGAUCAUUGUGGAUCCCAUGUUUGUGGGUUUCUCUUCAGCUACAUACACCUUGCCUGUAUCCCAUUAUGUUUUAGGAUGGAGUUUUCAAAUGAAUGGGAAAGCAAAACAACUCAAUAUCUCCCAACUUCCUAGCCUUCCUAAUCAUAACACACAUAAAACUAGACCUAGCAGGCCUGUUAUUGUUGCAGUUUCUGUGACAGGUUCUGCAUUAGUGUUGAUCUCCAUCUUCUUCAUCAUCCAAUUUAUAGAGAAAAGGAAGAACAAGUUCGCCGAAGUGCUUGAAGAUUGGGAACUCGAUUAUGGACCUCGCAGGUUCAAAUAUAAAGAUCUCUACAUAGCCACAAAGGGGUUCAAGGACAAGGAGCUUCUUGGAAGUGGUGGAUUUGGUAGAGUCUACAGAGGUGUAUUGCCCACAACCAAGACAGAAGUUGCAGUGAAGCAAGUCUCCCAUAAUUCUAGACAAGGGGAGAGGGAAUUCAUUGCUGAGAUCAUCAGCAUCGGUAAAUUGAGGCAUCGGAGCAUUGUACCACUCUUGGGCUAUUGUCGUCGUAAGGGAGAGCUUCUUCUAGUCUAUGAUUUCAUGCCUAAUGGGAGUUUAGACAAAUUCCUUUUUGAUCAAACAACAACAAAGAAGAUGCUGAAUUGGUGUCAAAGAUUUCGGGUCAUCAAAAGCGUGGCAGCUGCUUUAUUAUAUUUGCACGAAGAAUGGGAACAAGUUGUGGUUCAUAGGGAUGUAAAGUCCAGUAAUAUCUUAUUGGAUAAGGAGCUAAAUGGAAGAUUAGGAGAUUUUGGACUUGCAAGAUUAUAUGAUCAUGGAACUGAUCCUCAAACCACUCAUGUAGUGGGAACACUUGGUUACCUUGCACCAGAACUUUGUGAAACUGGGAAAGCAAGUCCUAGUGUGGAUGUAUUUGCAUUUGGAGCUUUUUUACUGGAAGUUGCUUGUGGUAGAAGACCCAUAGAGCCACAAGCAUCCGAAAAGUCUAUGGUGCUGGUGGAUUGGGUGAUCUCAUGUUGGAUAAGCGGCACCAUUCUCGAAACUGUGGACCCAAAAUUGGAGAUGAAUUAUGAAGUAGAAGAAAUGGAGUUGGUGUUGAAACUUGGGUUACUUUGUUCACAUUCUAAUCCAACUGCAAGGCCAAGAAUGCGACAAGUGGUCCGCUAUUUAGAGGGAGAAAUUCUUCUGCCAGACUUAACAUCUUUGUAUCAAAGCAAAGCCGCCAUUGCUGACUUUAGUACUUUUGUGCCUUCUGAAGGUUCUAGUGAUGUCUCCGUUCGUUGUCCUUUUCUUGGUGGCCAAAUAACUCGGUCAUCAUCAACUGUAGAAUCUGUACUCUCUGGAGGACGCUGAGUUUGUUGGGUUAUUAAUUGUAGGUUUGAUUGUAAUCCAAGUAUAAUUAGAUUGGGUUUCUGUUUAUUUGAUGCAGAUAAGUAAUCUGUGUACAUCCUUUGAUAAUUUCACUUUUAUUCACCAGUGGCCCAUUGUUUAGUUAACAAUUAAGUUUAUUUCUUCCC